AUGUCUAGCUUCUUCAGAUGCUCGAGGAUUCUCAGAAACUCUGGAAUUUCGGUGAUACCGCAGCCUGACAAGGAUAAAGAGUCUAUCCAUUGCGAAGGAGGAUGUGAGACUGAACGUUUGCUCCUUGUUAAAACAUGGUUGCCUGAGAGAUAUAAUAUUUGCAGUGACUUGAAGUAUGAUAAGAUUGCAUUCAAGUCAAUCGUAGUUGUGGUGUUCAAAUGGGACAAGUCAAGCUUUUGGAGCGACUUGAGAUGUGAGAAGAUACUGAAGUCAACUGGGCCUUGGGUGUUCCAAUGGGAAAGGUCAAGAUAA